AUGACCACCAAUAUUCCUCCCCCUCCAAAAGAAGCCCUCCCCCAACCUCCUUUGCAAUUAGAUCUAUGCUUCUCACAAUCUUACUCCGCUAAUCAUGCUAAUCAAAAGCAACAACGGCACCAACAGCCGCCGCAUUCAGCUCCUGUUGUUACCUCUUUUCCAUCACCAUCACAGCAUAGGUUUCAUUCUCAACCAUUUUCUCCUCAGUCCUAUGAGCCCGCAAGUCCUCCUGCAUCGGGAAUAGUGCCUUCUCUUCGCAGUAUGGGUUCACAAGCGAACAUGUCUCAAAAUAUCGACAACACCGCAUACUGUCUCCAUGCUUCGCUAUCUAGUUUGUCCUUGACGCCUUCUGUAAACUCACUUGGACACCAGCCCGAGCUCACACGUAUUGCAUCUAACGGCUCGAAUUCUUCCAUCAAAAGACCUGCCAGCUUAACUAGUAGACACACAGUGCCAGUAGUCAAGGCCGUAAUGGAUAUCAAGACAGCUGAAGUCCUCUCAUCCUUGACAUUUGAAGAUAUGCCUCGUUGCUAUGUGGUUGCACCCCCGAUCGUCGCGUCGUCCUCAGGCCCUUUCACUCCCUUUCGUAUAGUUGCACCUUGUCAAGCCCUCGGUGUUCGUGGCCAAAACACUAUCCACUUUCCGGAACACCAGGGGUAUACUGUCAACAAUGCUGAAGAAGUGAUGAAGACUCAUGGCACCGUCUUGCAACACUUUGCAAAUCUUGCGUCUUUGUUCGCCGGUGCAAGCGACUCAUCAUUUGGCAAAAGCCUAGGCAAACAUGCAGAGAGAUUUUUGAAAAAUGUGAAGCCUACAACUCGCGUGCCUCUCAUGAAGGACACUAAGGAGCUGAGUACAGGUGUAGAUGGAACGAGCGUACAGAUCGAAAAGUUUAUGACAGAGCAUCUGCAUUUAGAGAGUAUUGCUCAACUGAUGCGCGACAUCACCAAAUCAAAUACAGCUUCUGAUUGGGCUGGUGGGUUACAGAGGAUUGUCUCUCCUGGCACAGGACGGUCGAUGUGGGUCUGCCAAGAUUGCUUUACUGGAUUACAAUUAGGGCGAUAUGAAUGGAAUGAUGAACAGGCCAGUCUGGACGAUCUAAUUGGAUAUCCAGAUAAGACUGGAGCCAAGAGCGAAGCACAUUUACUAAAUGCAACCGCAGUAGACGUGUAUACACAGAUGAUCCGUGGACAGAGUCGGAUCAGGAACGCCGUCAUCAACAUCUUGCCAGCAUAUUUUGAGGCACCAGAGAGAAAAGCGACAGCUAUGUUCUCGGCGAACCAGAAACUGAUUCAGAACCUGGCAAAAGUACUCACAGAGGCUCAUUUGACCAUGGUGGAGAUCAAUGCAAAUCAGACACGCGAUUCCGAGCUUAUGGACAAAGACAACAUAUACUUACACGUCCGCCGACUCUUCAGUUGCUACCAACUUGAGUAUGUCAAGCUCAGUGGCCUUCCCUUCUUGCUCCGUGAGAAACUACCCGGUUUUCUCGACCAUGCCAAGUUUCUGUCUUUUGAUGGUGUCCUGGUUGAUAAUGACAAAGCUGUGAGUAAUAUGAAGAAGCUUAUUACAGAAAACUCAGAUAUGGAGCACUUGGCCCUCACAAGGGCUCAGAUGACCAGCACAGGCCUCAAGGUUCUCUGUUCCGCUCAUAAAAACCUACGCCGAAUCGCUCGCCUCGACCUUUCAAACAACAGGAUUGAUGCCGAGGGAAUUAAGGAGCUCGCGAACCAAGUCAUGCCCACGUCCCUUGACCUUCGCUUCCUGGAUUUGAGUGAUAACCCCAAAAUUGGAACAGUGGGUUGUCUCAGUUUACUAAAGGCGAUUUGGCCUGCAUCUUCUCAUGCAACUAGACAAAAGAAUCUGGUGUCGCUUCAAUUGGCCAACACUGGGUUCUGUGACGAAGCUGCUAGUCAAUUGAGUCGUAAUAUUGAUGGUCCCAGUGGCAUUGGAGCCUUAUACAACAUCAAUCUUUCUGGGAACCAAAUCACGAAACCUGGCCUUCUCGCUCUUAUGACAUGUGUCUCUCAGAAUGCUCAUCAGUCACCUCUACGCAAGCUCUCAUUGAGUCAACAUGUUAGCGCUCUCAGUAUCCCUGGCGCUAUGGACUAUGAGGUCGUCCACUUUUUCGGAGUCCACCCAACAUUGACACAUCUGACACUCUCGAAGUUGUCACUGGGAAUGGUGGCGCAGAUUGUGAACCUCAAUAAGUGCUUGAUUUCACUGACAGUGGACGAUGUAGUCUGCGUCUCCCCACAAGAUCCUCACUUUGCACUGUCCUGCUUCAACAGCUUAUGCCAAAGCAUUGCGUCCAAUACGGUCAUGCAAGAUCUUAAGAUUCGAUCCCCAUGGUCGUUCUGGGCCUUAGCAUUUCAAUCUACAGGUGCAGCUCCUAACUCGAGCGAACAGGAAAGCAAUUGGCUGGAUGCAGCAGGGUGGAUGGCAGUGAUAGAGAACUCGCUUCAACGGAACACAGUCCUCAGGUGCUUCCAAAUGCGUGGUGUGACCAACUUUGAAGAAGAAUUGGUUUUGGCGACCGCGAUGGCACCACCUUCGAUAACAAGCCCAGGAUCCAUUUUCGGUGGGUCGCUUGGACGGUAUGGCGGAUCCGGUAUGCUUGGUGCAAGCGAGGUGGCGAGAACAGAUGGCGAAAGCAAAAUGAUGGCUCUUAGUCAGAACAUCCGUAUGUAUCUGGAGAGGAACCAGGUACUAUAUUAUGGACGCAAACACGGGAUUGAGGAGCAGCUUAUCAACCAAUAUUAG